UGCUACACCACAGCUAGAGAGAAGGGAAGAUACAACCCCGGACUAAAGGACUCAUAUCUGCUCUGAUAAAGACAAAAUAACACUUUUUAGACUGCAGAUAUUUUUGAGUCUGCUCUGCUUAACAAUAAGAUGACCAGUCUGACAGAAAGAGCUCUUUUUGUCUUCUUUACAGCACAGGUGUUUACGCUCGCCUGGUCCCAGGUGUGUCCUCGGAGAUGCCAGUGUCCUAAGGAGCCCCCCAUGUGUCCCUCUGGGGUGCCUCUAAUCCUGGACGACUGCCUCUGCUGCCUGGUGUGUGCCCGUCAGAAAGGGCAAGUCUGCUCUGAUAUGAACCCCUGUGACACACGGAGAGGUCUGCAGUGUGAAUACAGCGCAGACGUCCACAAGAGGACAGGUAUCUGUACCGCUCAUGGGGGAAAUGUGUGUGUUUUGGACGGUUCCGUCUAUCAAAACGGCCAGACCUUCUUCCCUAGCUGUAAGUACCAGUGUAUGUGCCGCGAUGGGCAGAUUGCCUGUGUGCCACGCUGCAACGUGGAUGUGAUGCUGCCCGGGCCGGACUGCCCCAUGCCACGCAGGGUCCAGGUGCCUGGAGAGUGCUGCGAGAAGUGGGUGUGUGAGCCCCAGGCCGAGGCCAGUGCACUGGGUGGCUUUGCAAUGGCAGCUUAUCGUCAGGAGGAAACGGUGAGCUUUGACGGUUGGGAUCCCAGCCUGAACUGCAUUGAGCAGACCACAGAGUGGGGCGCCUGCUCUCAAACCUGCGGCAUGGGGGUGUCCACCAGGGUCACCAAUAAGAACCGUCGUUGUGAGAUGGUGAAGCAGAGCCGACUGUGUAUGAUCAGACCGUGUGAUAACCAGCUGGACCAGACACAGCUGACACAGCUUACACCAAAGAGAGGCAAUAAAUGCCAGAAGAUGGUGAGAAGCGACACAGCCGUCCAACUCUCCUACAAGAAUUGCACCAGCGUCCUGGCCUACAAGCCUCGCUAUUGUGGCUCCUGCACAGACGGCCGCUGCUGCACCCCCCACAGAACCAAGACCGUCGUUGUGGACUUCAAGUGCUCCAACGGUAAAAUAAGCAGGAAACCAGUCAUGGCGAUCCUAACCUGUGCCUGCCACAGCCACUGCCCCCGAGACAAUGCUGUGUGGCAGCCAUCAGAGCUGGGAUACAGCGGUUAUCGGUCAUAAAGUCACACUCGAGGGACAAUUCAUUUUACCCAAAACAUGAGUUGUGGUAAAUCUAAAUUUAGAUUAAAACAGGUCUG